AUGAAAAGGAUCAGGAGAACCCACACAGGGGAAAAGCCUUUUGAAUGCUCAGAGUGUGGAAAGAGAUUCAGUCAGAGUGGCAGUCUUCAGUAUCAUCAGAGAACUCACACAGGGGAGAAGCCUUUUAAAUGCUUAGAGUGUGGAAAGAGAUUUCGUACGAGUGGCAACCUUCAAGAGCAUCAGAGAACCCACACAGGGGAAAAGCCUUUUGAAUGCUCAGAGUGUGGAAAGAGAUUCAGCCGCAGUGGCAACCUUCAACAGCAUCAGAGAACCCACACAGGGGAGAAGCCUUUUGAAUGCUUGGAGUGUGGAAAGAGAUUUACUACGAGUGGCUAUCUACAAACGCAUCAGAAAAACCACAACAGGGAGAAGCUUUUUGAAUGCUCAGAGUGUGGAAAGAGAUUUAUUACGAGUGGCAGUCUUCAGUAUCAUCAGAGAACCCACACAGGGGAGAAGCCUUUUGAAUGCUUGGAGUGUGGAAAGAGAUUUCGUACGAGUGGCUAUCUACAAACGCAUCAGAAAACCCACAACAGGGAGAAGCUUUUUGAAUGCUCAGAGUGUGGAAAGAGAUUUAGUACGAGUGGCGGUCUUCAAUAUCAUCAGAGAAUCCACACAGGGGAGAAGCCUUUUGAAUGCUUUGAGUGUGGAAAGAGAUUUAUGUGGAAUGACAGUCUUCAGAAGCAUCAGAGAACCCAUACAGGAGAGAAGCCUUUUGAAUGCUCAGAGUGUGGAAAGAGAUUCAGUCAGAGUGGCAGUCUUCAAUAUCAUCGGAGAACCCACACAGGGGAGAAGCCUUUUGAAUGCUCAGAGUGUGGAAAGAGAUUCAGUCAGAGUGGCAGUCUUCAAUAUCAUCAGAGAAUCCACACAGGGGAGAAGCCUUUUGAAUGCUUAGAGUGUGGAAAGAGUUUUAGUGCAAGUGGCAGUCUUCAAUAUCAUCAGAGAACCCAUACAGGGGAAAAGCCUUUUGAAUGCUUGGAGUGUGGAAAGAGAUUCAUUAAGAUUGGCAGUCUUCAAAGUCAUCAGAGAACCCACGCAGGGGAGAAGCCUUUUGAAUGCUUGGAGUGUGGAAAGAGAUUUAGUGCAAGUGGCAGUCUUCAAUAUCAUCAGAGAACCCAUACAGGGGAGCAGCCUUUUGAAUGCUUGGAGUGUGGAAAGAGAUUUAGUACAAGGGGCGGUCUUCAAUAUCAUCAGAGAACCCAUAAAGGGGAGAAGCCUUUUGAAUGCUUGGAGUGUGGAAAGAGAUUCAGUCAGAGUGGCAGUCUUCAAUAUCAUCAGAGAACCCAUACAGGGGAGAAGCCUUUUGAAUGCUUGGAGUGUGGAAAGAGAUUCAGUCAGAGUGGCACUCUUCUAUAUCAUCAGAGAACCCAUACAGGGGAGAAGCCUUUUGAAUGCUUGGAGUGUGGAAAGAGAUUCAGUCAGAGUGGCACUCUUCUAUAUCAUCAGAGAACCCACACAGGGGAGAAGCCUUUUGAAUGUUCAGUGUGUGGAAAGAGAUGCAGUGAUAGUGGCAGUCUUCAAAAGCAUCAGAGAACCCACACAGGGGAGAAGCCUUUUGAAUGCUCAGAGUGUGGAAAGAGAUUCAGUCAGAGUUGCAAUCUUCAAAAGCAUCAGAGAACCCACACAGGGGAGAAGCCUUUUGAAUGCUCAUUGUGUGGAAAGAGAUUCAUUAUGAGUGAUCGUCUUCAAGAGCACCAGAGAACCCACACAGGGGAGAAAUCUUGUUAA